UACAGGAGAAACCAGGAGAAUAUAGGAGAAACCAGGAGAAACCAGGAGAAAGUAGGAGAACACAGGAGAAACCAGGAGAAUACAGGAGAAAGCAGGAGAAAGCAGGAGAACACAGGAGAAUACAGGAGAAUACAGGAGAAGGCAGGAGAACACAGGAGAAACCAGGAGAAUAUAGGAGAAAGCAGGAGAAUACAGGAGAAACCAGGAGAACACAGGAGAAAGCAGGAGAAAUUAGGAGAAAGCAGGAGAAACCAGGAGAAUGGAGGAGAAUACAGGAGAAUACAGGAGAAAGCAGGAGAAUACAGGAGAAAGCAGGAGAAUACAGGAGAA